UCCGUCUCCUGAGGUUUCGAGCAUGUUUCGGACUCUGCCACUAGAAGAAGAGAGGGAAGACUUGGGGAAAAUAUCCUGCACAGCUGAGAUCCAAUUGGCAUUUAUUCUUUCCUCCUUUGUGACCUUCUUCAGUGGACUGAUCAUCUUAUUUGUUUCCAGGCUCGUCUGUAGAAUUAUAAAAAGAUGGCAAAGUCUCAACAGAACAGGAGUCUUCUUGGAACUAUUCUCAGCAGAUAGAGGCCAUGAUAAACCUUUCUUAAGAAGCUUCCUCUUCCGGGGAGUAUUUCAUGAACGGAUAGAAAUGUUGCUUUCAGCACAGACCUUUGUGGGGCAAGUGUUGGUGAUCCUUGUCUUUGUCCUAAGCAUUGGGUCUCUUAUAAUCUAUUUCAUCAACUCUAAUGACCCAGUUGGAAGCUGUUCAUCGUAUGAAGAUAAAACCAUUCCUAUUGAUUUGACUUUCAAUGCUUUCUUUAGUUUCUAUUUUGGGUUGAGAUUUUUGGCAGCUAAUGACAAGGUCAAAUUCUGGUUGGAGAUGAAUUCAAUUGUAGACAUCUUUACCAUCCCACCAACUUUCAUUUCUUAUUAUUUGAAGAGUAAUUGGCUAGGUUUACGGUUCCUAAGAGCAUUACGGCUGCUAGAACUUCCUCAAAUCUUGCAAAUGCUACGAGUCUUCAAGAACAGUAAUUCGGUGAAGCUUUCCAAACUGCUGUCAAUAGUUCUCAGUACCUGGUUCACUGCUGCAGGAUUCAUUCACUUGGUGGAAAAUUCUGGUGAUCCCUGGCUCAAAGGUAGAAAUUCACAGAAUAUAUCCUAUUUCGACUCCAUCUACCUGGUCAUGGCAACAAUGACAACCGUUGGCUUUGGAGAUGUGGUAGCCAAGACAUCCUUAGGACGGACUUUCAUCAUAUUCUUCACCCUGGGGAGCUUGGUACUAUUUGCAAACUACAUCCCUGAAAUGGUGGAACUUUUUGCAAACAACAAGAAAUACACCACUUCCUAUGAAGUGUUCAAAGGGAAGAAGUUCAUCGUGGUCUGUGGGAACAUCACCGUGGACAGUGUCACUGCCUUCCUGAGGAAUUUUCUCCGUCACAGGUCAGGGGAGAUGAACACCGAGAUUGUUUUCCUGGGAGAGGUCCCUCCUUCUUUGGAAUUGGAGACUAUAUUUAAGUGCUACUUGGCCUAUACAACUUUUAUUUGUGGGUCUGCAAUGAAGUGGGAGGAUCUGAGGCGAGUUGCGGUGGAGCACGCGGAGGCCUGCCUGAUCAUAGCCAACCCUCUGUGCAGCGAUUCUCACGCCGAGGACAUUUCCAACAUCAUGAGGGUGCUCUCUCUCAAGAGCUACUACUCUAACACCAGAGUCAUCAUUCAGAUACUGCAAUCCCACAACAAGGUUUAUCUGCCAAAGAUUCCCACCUGGAACUGGAGUAGUGGAGACAACAUCAUCUGCUUUGCUGAAUUAAAGCUUGGAUUCAUCGCCCAAGGCUGUUUGGUUCCAGGCUUGUGCACCUUCCUGACGUCUCUGUUUGUUCAGCCAAACCGAAAGAUUUCUCCGAAACAGCCCUGGAAAAGACUUUUCUUGAAUGGCAUGAAGAACAAAAUUUUCACUCAACGUCUCUCAGAUGACUUUGCUGGAAUGAAUUUUCCUGAAGUUGCCAGGAUCUGCUUUGUGAAGCUGCACAUCAUGCUGAUAGCCAUCGAACACAAGUCCCUCUUUCAGGGUGGUUGCCGUGGUCUGUUACUAAAUCCACCUGUACAAGUUAGGCUGCAUAAGAACUCAUUAGGGUUCUUUAUUGCUGAAUCUCCAAGUGAAGUCAAAAGAGCCUCCUUUUACUGUUCCCUCUGUCACAGCGAUGUGAGUGACCCUGACCUAAUUGCAAGAUGUAGCUGCAAAAGCAAGAGCCGACACGUCACAGGGUUAAAGAUGAUAAAAUGCUCCCUGAAGGAAUUACUCUCUGGCGUGGAGCACCGGGAAUCUCUUCCACAACUACGGGCAACUUCACCUUCCAUCUCAACCUUAGGCACCAGGACUUUUCUCUAUGAGCAAGACACUGACAGUCUCGAUAGCAGUGGCAUGUUUCACUGGUGCAAAUCGACCCCUUUGGAAAAGAUAGUUCUGAAACGAAAUGAAAAGUCAACACGUGAAUUUCGGAACCAUAUUGUAGCAUGUAUAUUUGGAGAUGCCCAUUCAACCCUGCUGGGGCUUCGUAACUUUGUAAUGCCCUUGAGAACCAGCAACUAUACCAGGCAGGAACUGAAGGACAUUGUGUUCAUUGGGUCUCUGGAUUACCUGCAAAGAGAAUGGCGAUUUCUACGGAACUUUCCCCAGGUAUACAUUCUGCCUGGAUCUGCACUCUAUGCCGGAGACCUCCAUGCAGUCAACGUAGAAGAAUGUUCCAUGUGUGUUGUCUUAUCCCCCCCACCCAAGGCAUCAGGCAGCCAGAUUCUGAUAGAUACAGAGGCCAUCAUGGCCACCCUGAACAUUGGAUCACUACAGACUGGCCCUCAUUCCCAGUCACCUUCAAUGGCAGAGGAUAUUUCAAAUUACUUAAGUGGAGCUUAUGGAAAAACAAAACACCGAAGAGUCCCCAUCCUCACUGAACUGAAGAAUCCUAACAACAUCCACUUUAUCGAGCAGCUUGGCGGAGUGGAAGGGUCCCUGCCAGGAACAGACCUGCACCUCAGCACUUCCUUUUCUACCGGCGCCGUCUUCUCUGGCAGUUUCUUGGAUUCCCUCCUGGCCACGGCCUUCUACAAUUAUCACGUCCUGGAAUUACUUCAGAUGCUGGUGACAGGAGGGAUAAGCUCCCAGCUGGAGCACCAUCUGGAUAAGGAGAAGUUCUACGGAAUAAAUGAUAACUGCGUGACAGUCAUGUCCGGGAGGACUCGGUGUAAGCUAGGGCUCCUGCCUUUACACCAGACCAUUCUAUCAGAUGUUCAACCAAGAAACACCUUUGGACAACUGUUCUGUGGCUCAUUAGAUCUUUACGGAAUCCUGUGUGUUGGCUUAUACCGCGUGAUAGAAGAAGGGGACAUGAACCCGGAGCACAAAAGGUUUGUGAUUACCCGGCCAGACAACGACUUCAAGCUGCUGCCCUCGGAUUUCGUGUUUUGUGCCAUCCCUUUCAACACUGUUUGUUAUAAGAAGAAUGAUGUUGAUUCGCCUCCAAAUCAAUAUGAAACUAUGAAUGUAGUGUCACUGACACCAGAGGCCAAUUCAGGUAAAGAUGACCCUUCCAAAAGUGGCAAGUCUACAUCACCACCAGUCCAGUCUUUUCAGCCAAUGACUGACUUCCUUUCCGUAGCUAAGCAAAUGAUGUUGCUUCAGGGUACUGUGAACAAGCCUGAACCACCCCAGAUGCCUCUAGGAAAUGAUGAUGUGAACGACAGUGAAAAUGGGAAAACAAGAAAUAGAAAGGAAAGCACAGAGGAGGACACCUCCACAAGAAAUAGAAAGGAAGGCACAGAGGAGGACACCUCCACAAGAAAUAGAAAGGAAGGCACAGAGGAGGACACCUCCACAAGAAAGCAAAGCACAGAGGAGGCCACCUCCCCACAUUCAGAGCCAAAUUAAAACCUGCCCACAUUCUCCGCCAGCUCCUCUACUUCUGCUGCUUACAAAGGCAUCUGCAGAGAUGGGAACUUUGAACAAGAAAAAUGAAAAUGGAAGCAGGCCACUUUUGUACAGAUUGCUCUGUGGUUGGUUAUCAAGGCCACACUGUUUUGGAAGAGACAAAAGCCUAAUCUAAUCCCACUGGAUCUUGAGUGAUAAAUAAAGAAAUAUAUGAUAGA